UCGUGUCCCAUACAGCGCAGGCGAUCUCGCCUACGACGGCGAGGCUCCGGAGGGCGGAGAGGGGGAGAUAUGGGUUGGUGCGCGUGCUUCGACGGAGGGAGCAAGCAGCGGCGGCGAGAGGAGGACCGGGCGGCCUCCGCCGAAGCCCGCGCCAAGGCCGCCGAAGCCGCCCAGAGAAGGCAAGAAGAAUUUGAAAAGUCCGCAGCAGGGAGGGCUGCACGCGCGCAGUUACAGGCAAUGAAUAAGCAAUCCGCAGCUACCAAUAAAGGCGAACCAGUUCUUAAGUGGUCGAUGGGCUGAGGCAUGAUGUUGGCUAAUCCAGGCUGCGGCGAGUUUAUGUGAUUUUUUUUAAUCUCUUCCAGUCCUGGUCUCUUCCUCCAGCUUUUGUUUACUAUUAUCAUAAUUGUCUUCUUCUUUUUUUCUUUUUUCUUUUAUGGGGUUGUAAAUGAUAAUUAUGCACGGGUGGAAAUCUGCUCUCUGUAAAUUCUGAAUCUAUUUGGAUUGACUGUUGGUGGAAUUUUGCUGUAUGUAAAUUCUGAAUCUGUUUGGAAGAUGCUGGAUGAAAAAGAAAUGUAUGUUCUUUGCUCCGGCAAUGUGCUUCUGGGCCUUUGGAA